GGGCUCGAUUUGACCACAUUUUCUCCCUUUGCCUGCGAUCUCAUCUGUCGUCUACUGGCGCCCAACCCCACCGACCGUCCACUCAUUGACGAUAUAGUGAGGCAUCCCUUGAUUGAGGGUCCGCUCACAACACGACGAUUACUACCCAUUAAUAAGACAACCAAAGACUUGCAGUUAGCCAUCGAUGGCGAGGGGAACGUGUGUUUGAGGUUUCAUAAGAAAAUGCAAACAAUCCAAGUGUCCAGAGAUGGGCUCAAUGUGUGCAUCACUGGACACCACAAUAAGGCGAAAUUUGUGCAACUCGUGAGCGCAAAGACACCCAAAAUAACCAUUCAUUGCAAAAACGAUGAUAAUUCCGAUGAAUACAUAGUGAAGGCGUGUUUAAUGGAAAAUAAUGACUUUGAAGUGACGGUUAUGCAUGUGUUGACUAGUGAGAGUAAAAAGGUUUUGGCCAACGAUUGCCAGCAAUUGAGUCAAACGGUGUUCAAAAAGCGUGCGAAAGAGUUGAGAGAGUUUUGUCUGAAGACUGAGAAGGAGUUCCAGAACAGUGGCGACAGGACUGGAAUCGAUUGCUUUCCCAUUUCGUUUGGCAGGAAAAGUAAGAUCAAAACCGAUUCCCAAUCCAUGCAAACACUGUCGACACAACAGCCCGUUAUCUCGAGUCAGAGUAUCUUAAGGUCCAUUCAAAUUAAUGGCAUCGGCGAGGCUUCUCAGUUAUCAAACGGUGUUUUCAAUGUGUGUUUCACCGACGGCUCGACUCUGUGUUUCAGAAGUGAUUCUGAGAUUCCG